AUGCUCGAGCGUGCUGUUCGGUGUAUCGAGAGUGCUAGCCAGCAUGUCUAUCUCGGUUCCAAGCACACCUUUCGGACACGGCGUAGAUUGCACCCCAAAUUCUGGAACUGCAAUCCCGACGAAUCCGCUAUAUCCCUCUUAUAUUUCUACAUCGUUCAGUCAAAAUCUGGGAAGCGUUUGUCGGCACAGCAUAACAAUGGUGCGCCCUUCGAUGUGGCCUUCUCAGCAACACCUCUCGAAUUCCUCUACCCCCCGAAAACCCGGUUGUUUGCCCGUACCUAUGCCUCCGAACCUAAGAGAAGCACUGUCCAUGGCAAGAAUAAACGCAAUAUAUCUAGAACAUACUACUCAGCUAGCAGUUGUCUCACGGAAGAAUCACUAGAUGUCGGUAACUCCUUUGCGAAUGACGUUGGAUUGGAAGAGAGUCCAGAUGUUCUUCGAAAAUUCCUUUCGGAUAAAGGCCCACGAGAUUAUGGUGCCGCUUGGUGGCUCUAUAGGUCCAGCGGAUCCCCUGAAGGGCUCGAGUCGGAACUUUUAUCAUAUCUCUCUACUUCGCAGGAUCCGCGAGAUUAUCAACGUUGCCAACUACUCCUCCAAAGCAUAGAGCCAGCGAACCGCAGCGAACGUGAUUAUUUGAGCGCAGUGAGAAUUGCUUUGAAUGCUAAAAGUCGGGCCUAUACAAAUUGUGCCUUGGAGUUAUGUGAGGAAGCGACUGUGAGGGGGAAAACACAGUGCUGGCAAUAUGCAUUUAUGCAGUUCGUGAAUGGCAUGGACUGGGAAAAUGCUUUUCGUCUUUGGAAUGCAAAACCCGAUCGUUUGCCUGAUAAAAUUCGACUCGUGGACAGCCUACCGUUGAAAUCUUUAGCAAAUCCUUUACUUGCGCUCCUAGAGAUUGCUCGGCAACACAAUACCAAAGAUAUGUUAGAUAUGUCUCGUUACAUCAUCAAGCUUGUCAUAUCGCAUGAUAAACUGUUGAUGGCUGUCCCGAUGAACGAGCUGUUGAAGGUUUUUGAAAACUCUACUAAGCUUAAGCUAUUUGAUCGUGACGACUACAUUCAAGCUAUCAGCACUUUACAGUCCUCAAAAAUUAGAUCGGCAAACGGCCGCUCAAUUAUGGUAUACCGCAACUUUCGCUGGCGCAUAACUGAAGCGACCCCACCGAGGUCGUUGAUCACUAGGCUAUUGCAUAUGUUGUGCGAGAUAGAAGUUUUGGAAGGUGUCGAUUAUCUUUUGGAUGAAUAUCGCCUACACUAUGGUAAACCACCAAUGCUAGCUUACCAUGAUGCUCUCACAGUAUCUGCAAGGCUUGGUGACACCUCGACCACUCUUCGAUUUUAUCACGACUACUUGGCGGAUCAUGGACGCGCAGUUUCGACAGAAAUUCUAACACCCCUUCUUUAUGUCCAUGCUAGAACUGGUGACGUGAAAGAAACUCAAAAAUGGUUCAAUUAUGUUUCUGAACUUGGAGUUCCUUCAGAGGUUCAGUACUGGAACAUUCUGCUUACUGCAUAUUCGAAAAACAAAGACUUAGAGGGGGCUCUUCAUACGUUUCAACUGAUGCUUCAGAGUGGUAUGGCUCCAGACGCGGUUAGCUUCACAAUCUUAAUGGGCUUGUCUGCUGGACGCGGUGAUGUCAAAGCCGUCCUAGAUUUGUUCGAUAUGGCCAAACGGAAUGGAGUCCGUAUACACCGCUCCAUGUUUGAUACCUUGGUUGAAGUGCUGUGUAAGCACAGAAGAUACCCGGACGCUGAGAGGGUGGCCGAAGAAGCUACGUCCAAAUUUCCGGCCAAAGCCAUGACUAGAACUUGGAACAUCAUUUUGUGGAAUUACGCAUACACCAUUGAUAUCACCUCCGUUUUAAGGAUACAAAAUCGAAUGCAAGAAGCAGGAAUUCCAUUUGACGGUAUGACCUACGCCGCUAUGAUGUCUAGCCUUGUUCGCGUUGGCAAGACCGACUCUGCGCGCAAGAUCCUGAGAGUCUUGCAUAAAAACCACGAGAUUCAUCUAACACUUUUCCAUUAUGCCAUUCUUUUACACGGCUACGUGCAAGAGAUGAACCGUGACAUGGUCCAGGUUUUGUACACUGAGAUGAUGGAGCGUUUCAAUAAAACUGGUCUAAGUGGCACGCUUGCUAUGCUCCAAUCUCAGAUUAAUCGUGAUAUCCGACGAGCUCGUGAAACAAUGGGAAGCACAUCUAGCGGGAAAUUUGCUCUUCCGCAUGCAGAAGAGCUUCUCAAGUCCGCAAUGGAUCAGCUUGAUGCUCAAGACUUUAGUACCAAGCAACCACAGCCUGGUGCCCAUGGACGGCCACUUCGCGAGGCGUUCCCCACGGUAUUCUACGAACAGCUUAUCAAGGCCUAUGGGCGGAAUAAUAGAGGUGAAAAGGUUGGAGAAUUGUUCUUGGAGUUCUCGAAAAAGUCAAGGGCCACGCUCCCAGAUCGCUUGCCACACUCCCCGGUGAUACUCCACGCUCUAAUGGUAAACUUCCUCUCUCAAAAUAAGCACUUUGAAGUCAAGAAAUGUUUCGAAGCCGCCCUUACCCAUACCCUCCAGCGCUCGCGCGGAAUCAAUAUCCAGGCAGCAUUAUCACGCCCGACCGGACCUCUUGCAGCACUUAAGGCUAGCGGCAAAAAUAUGCCUGAAGUUUCAUAUUACAACGAUACACCAAGAGUUCUUGCAUCUCAUCGUUUUGAUCUUUCGCACUGUAUUUCGACAUAUAUGCGGUCUCUAUCGUCGCAAAAUCUCCACUUAAAAAUUGCUGACCUUGUGACUCAGAUUGAAAAGCUCGGUUUCGCAUUCAGCACACACAAUUGGUCUCUAUAUGUUAAUAUUCUGUGCCUCUCCCGUGACCCUGCUUCUCAGAUUCGGGCGUUUACCAUUUUUGAGGAGAAGUUCAUGCCCAACUACCCAGGUUGGAGAUAUAUAAAACGUGGGUACGCCUUAAGGCCAGAGGGCGCAACAAUGGAAAUGGAUCUUAUGGAAGAACCGUUUCGCCGUGGGAAACCAGGAAGAAUGAUGGGGCGAAAAGCUCGGGCUCUUUGGGCCAAAGUUCAGCCGGAUUAUAUGCAGCCUACCCAUCUCAACAUUCUUCACCUUGCUUCUGCUUUGAUUGAUUUCAGGUCACGAUCAAUCAUUGAUGGGGGGGAGGAGAUGAACCAAUUAUUUUCCAAGGCACCCAAAACUUACACUGCCGUCGCAACGAUCCCGUACCUGGAAGAAAAAUUCGAUACCAUUCUUCGUCGUUACAAGGCUGAUCAGGAAAAUAUGGACAGAAAUCCAAGGGUCGAUAUUCCCAAUGAUGCUGUCUGGACCGGAGGCGUUUUGGGAGAUGGGAGUGAACGAAUAAAAACUGAUGAGGCGUCGCCCGAUCUUGAGGGUGAAAGAAUUGAAGACGUUAAAGGAUAUGAAGACGACCCAGGAUCGGAAUGGGAUCCUUCUGAGAUGCCUGGGCAGGCAGAAAUUUUUGAAUCAACCGAACCCAUAGCUCCCUUGUUAGAAUCGCUGUUGGCGGAAGACAUGGCUCGUAGGGGGAGGAUCAGUACAUCAAAACAACCAAAUACCGUUCCUUUGGCGGAGCGGAUACUUAGUACUGAAGACCAGUGGGAUUUGGAUAACUACAAACGUCUCUCUACGUUGAAGGAAAAGACGGCAGAGCAUUAA